AAAAAUACGCCUUUCAUAUUCAAUAAUUAAGUGUAAUAAAAAAAAUGGAAUUUAUAGAAUUAAUAUCAAUAUCAAAAAUAGAUAAUGUAAUAUUACAUAUGGGAUGCAAUGAAUCGAUUGAGGGUACACUUUGUAUAACCGGACAUCAUUUAAUAUUAUCAUCACGCAAAGAACAAUGUUCACGAGAAUUAUGUAUUUUACAACAAAGUAUCGAUCAUAUUGAAAUUGAUAAGAGAACAAAUAAACAGAAUGAUACAACAAGUACAACAAUAAAAUAUCCAUUCUAUUAUCGUUUACCAAUAUCAAUUGAUACGAAUACAAGUAUUGAAGAUGGAUAUCAAUUAUAUGCGAAUAUUGAAUUAGAAUAUUAUAAACAAUUGAUACAAGAGUCAUGUAAUGAUUGGAGAUUAACAGAAGUUAAUAAAUAUUAUAAUUUAUGUAAAACAUAUAAUCAUCAAUUAAUUGUACCAAAAAAUAUUGAUGAUUCAACGUUAAUUGAGUCAAGUAAAUAUCGACAAGAUGGUCGUAUUCCAUUGAUUAGCUACAAACAUGGACCAAACAAUGGUGGUACUGGUACGAUUUUAUUAAGAGCCUCGCAACCUUUAUGUGGAUCAACGAAUAAAAGGUCACGAUCGGAUGAACGUUUGUUAAAUUCUUAUCUAAUGAUGAAUAAUAAAUCUGGUUAUAUUAUUGAUACAAGAUCGUUAAAUGUAGCUACACAUUGUAAAUCGAAAGGUGGUGGCUUUGAAAUUGAUAUUUAUUAUCCACAAUGGAAGCGGAUUCAUAAAUCGUUGGAUAAAAUUAAUAAUUCAACGACAUUGAUUGAAUCUUUAACAAAAUUAAUAGAAGCCUGCAAUGAUACAAAUUGUACAACUGAUAAAUGGUUAUCAAGAUUAAAUAAUAGUGAUUGGUUACAUUAUUUAUUAAUUGUACUAAAUACAUCAUGUAUUGUAGCUCAAUCAUUACACCAUGACGAUGUAAAUGUAUUAGUUCAUGGUACAUACGGCUUAGACACAACAAUAUUAGUUACAUCAUUAACACAAGUGAUCUUAAAUCCAGAAACACGUACUGUACACGGUUUUCAAGCAUUAAUUGAACGUGAAUGGUUACAAAAUGGUUAUCCAUUUUAUAUCCGUCAUAUGCAUUCAUGCUAUUACAAAGAGAAUAACAAAGAUAAUAAUGAUAAAGAUAACACAACAAAUUCAACAUAUAUCAACAAUAAUCAUACAUCACCGACAUUUUUACUAUUUUUAGAUUGUAUACAACAAUUACAUGCACAGUUUCCAUGUUCAUUUGAAUUUAAUACGAAUUAUUUAAUUUUAUUAUUUGAGCAUUCAUAUUUUAGUCAAUAUGGUACAUUUAUUGGAAAUAAUCAAUAUGAGAGAACGAUAUUAUUAAAAUUAUAUUCAACCACAACGUCAUUAUGGACAUAUUUAAAUCAAAAACAUAUUAAAGAACAAUAUUUGAAUGUGAUGUAUGAAGAGAAUUUAACACCAAUAUGGCCUAGUAUAGCUCCAAUUAGUUUUGUUUUAUGGUCACAAUUAUUUUUACGUUAUUCGAUUAAUCAAAAACCGAUAAUUAAUUCAAAUCAAUCGAUACAAUCAAUUCAACAACAUCAUUUUCAUCUAAAAUCUCAAGUUAUUCAAUUACGUAAACAACUAUAUGAUUUACAGCUUACAUAUGAAUCAUUAAGUAAUUAAUUUUAUGUGUGAUAUUGUACUUAAGGAUGUAUAUGCACGGUAUUGGAAUGAAAAUUGGUAAAGGGGAAAAUACUAGUCAGUGCUGUCUUCGCAUGGGAGCACCUCUUCAUUGAACAACCUCAAAUUAAAAUUUUAUACAUAAUAGAAAAGUUGCAUGUUUCAUGGUUUUUUUUUUUUUUUUUUUUUAUUUGCAAAUAUUUUAAAUGAUUGUGAAGCCAUUUUUCAUUUUACAC